AUGUCAGGUACUACAACACUGGCUACAUCCACAUCAGGGCCAGCAGCUUCGGCCGCGGCGCUCACAUUUGGUAUUGCGGAUUACCUGGUCUUCUCGCUUAUGCUAUGCGCCUCGACAGCCAUUGGCGUCUACUUUGGCUUCUUUUCCAAGGCCAAGAAUACCACCGAGGAGUAUCUACGGGGUGGCAAGAAGAUGCAGACACUGCCCAUAGCUGUAUCCUUAGUGGCCAGCCAACUCUCUGGCAUUGCCAUCAUGUCCGUGCCUGCCGAGAUAUAUACCUUUGGUUUCAACUACUUUCUUGUGGUCAUCGCGAUGGUUGUUGUUGUGCCCAUUCUGGUUUAUAUUAUAGUGCCGGUGUUCUAUGAGAACAACGUGUCCAAUUGUUACGAGUACCUGGAGAUACGUUUCAGCAAAUUAACGCGACAGUUGGUUACUGCAACAUUCGUGAUGAACUCGUGCCUCAUGCUGCCCGUGUAUAUGUUUAUACCCUCAUUGGCUUUUUCGCAAGUCACCGGCAUGAACAUUCACCUGAUCAAUGCCAUGGUCUCCUCGGUCUGUGUCUUCUAUACCAUGUUGGGCGGCAUUAAGGCGGUCGUCUGGACGGACGUUGUGCAGGGUGGCAUCAUGUUGAUCUCGGUGAUAAUGGUGGGCGUGCUGGGAACCAUGCAGGCUGGCGGAUUCAGUUCGGUUCUCGAGAAUGCCAGCAAUGGUGGCCGUUUUAAUUUUGACUUCAGAUUGGAUCCACGCAUACGCGUUACGGUAUGGAACGCUUUAAUCGGAGGCAUCUUUAUGUGGACGGGCCACAUUGGUCUCAACCAGAGCUGUGUGCAACGCAUUGUCUCCUUGCCUUCAUAUGCGCAUGCCAAAAAAUCGCUUGUUAUUGCUGGAAUUGGUUUUAUGAUCAUCAUGGGCAUGAUGAACUUCACUGGCAUCAUAAUGUUUGCCCGCUAUUACGGCUGUGAUCCCAUGCUGGCAGGCCUGGUCAGCAAGCCGGACAAAAUGAUGCCCUUCUUUAUACAGGACAUAAUGGGUAAUCUGCCAGGCAUGCCGGGACUGUUCAUCUCGUGCGUCUUUAGCGCUGCGCUGAGCACUCUCUCGGCCACCCUUAACUCUCUGGCGGGCGUGGUCUACUUUGACUAUAUUAAGCCAUUCAUCCGGCAUACGGAGGCACGGGCCAAUGCGACCAUGAAGCUAAUUAUCAUCGGCAUGGGUGUUUACUGUAUUGUUGGCGGCUAUAUGGUGCAGAAUUUCAGUUCCAUAAUACAGACUGUGAUGAGCAUCACUGGCAUCAACACUGGCGCCGUGGUGGGCGUGUUUCUGCUGGGCAUGCUUUAUCCGCGUGCGAACAGCAAGGUCGCCGGCUCGAGCAUUUUAUUCAGCAUGCUUGUCAUGCUCUGGAUUAUCAUAAAUGCGCAGAUGCACUUCAAGAGCGGCCUCAUCAAAUAUGAUGUCCUGCCCAAUUCACUGGAUCAAUGCGAAGUGUCGGACUUGCAAAUGAUUUCGGAUGCCAUCCGCAACAACUCCAUUACUGAGGCCACCAGCACGUCGAAGCCACCUUUGGUAACGGGCGCCUUUGGUAGCACUCGCGAAUUCUCUAUAUUUGACAUAUCAUUUUAUUGGUACAAAGGAUUGGGUAUCCUCCUAACGAUCCUGUGGGCAAUACCCAUGAGCUACAUCUGGAAGCCAGACAAGCAGCUAACCCAGAAUCCAAAGCUCUUUACGCCGUUUGUAAGAAAAUUUCUAAAGCUGAAUCAUGUUUACGAAUUGGAAGAACUGCCCCUAAAUGGAUCCCAGUUGAAGGCAGGUCCGGAGCUCAAGAUAGAUUUAAGUGAGACGAAAAAGGAGAACACAGCGACUAGUUAA